ACAAAAUGAACAAAAGUAUAGGUGACACUGUUGUAUCUGGGCAAUGGCAUUGGCUAACAUAUGAAAGCUCCUAAUGUCAAACUUAUCAUUACAGAGGUUUCAGGCAUUCAGAAUACUAGAUUGUUUACUUACAAUGAACUCAGAGACGCAACUGGAAAUUUUCGAACCUCCAAUAAAAUUGGAGAAGGAGGUUUUGGUGUUGUCUAUCAGGGAACUUUAAGAGAUGGAACCAUGGUUGCUGUAAAGGUACUGUCAGCUGAUUCUACACAGGGGGUGCGGGAGUUCUUGACUGAAAUAGAAGUGAUGGCAGAUAUAGAGCAUGAAAACCUAGUUAAGUUGUAUGGCUGUUGUGUGGAAAAAAAGCACAGAAUUUUGGUCUAUGGUUAUGUUGAGAAUAACAGCAUUGCCCAAACACUUCUUGGUGGAGGAAACAACAGUAUCCAAUUCAGUUGGGAUACACGAAGUCAAAUUUGCAUUGGUGUUGCAAAGGGGCUUGCUUUCCUUCAUGAGGAAGUUCGGCCACAUAUUGUUCAUAGAGACAUCAAACCAAGCAAUAUCCUACUUGAUAAAAAUCUCAUGCCAAAAAUUUCAGAUUUUGGUUUGGCAAAGCUUUUUCCAGACAACUUGACUCAUAUCAGUACAUGCGCUGCUGGAACUGUAGGUUAUCUAGCACCGGAGUAUGCCAUACGAGCUAAAUUGACAAGGAAAGCAGAUAUUUACAGUUUUGGCGUUCUACUAUUGGAAAUCGUGAGUGGGAGAAGUCACAAAGACCGGAGAUUACCUGUUGCAGAGCAAUAUCUUCUUGAAAGGGCGUGGGAUUUGUAUGAGAAGGGAGAGCCAGUACAAUUGGUAGAUUCGUCCCUGAAUGGGGACUACAACAUUGAAGAAGCUCUAAGAUGCCUGAAGAUUGGCCUAAUCUGCACACAGGACAUGCCAAAGCUCCGACCACCCAUGUCUACAGUUCUCAAGAUGCUCGUGGGUGAUAUAGAGGUGAAUGACCAGGAAAUAACUAGACCUGGCUUUCUUUCAGAGUUGAUGUGUCUUAAAGCUGACAAAGGUGUAAAAAAAAAUGUCAAGAACUGGUCUUGCACUGCAUCUGCAAGCACAAGCAAACUGGGAAGUUCAUCUUCAUUUCCAGAAAAUACAGACACCUCAUAUAAUACAAUGACCUUUACAUCAAUUUAUAACCGAUAAGGAAUAUGUUUGCACCAAAAUUCAAGAUAAGGAUGAUUUUCUGGAGGUUCUGGUGCCUUCCUAUUAAACUUUUGCAAUUAGUUUGUCUGCUCCUACUAACCUUUGCAGUGAGCUCAUCUACUUGGGAUGGGCAACCAUCAGCAGGAUCCUCCAUUUUUUGACUUUUAGGGAAAAGCAAGUGACACUUCUGCCUUCAAUCACGUGUGGGCAGAAAGAAGAGAUUCAAAGAUAACAGUAUGAUUGUUUGGUUUUUCCAUUCUUUGGUUGGGGUUUCAAGAGGGGGUCAUUUUUUUAUAAACUUGUAAAAAUUAAGGGUUGACAAGCAUAGAAGUGCGUGUUCAAGUUUUGGGAGUAACAAUAAUUGACCCUUUUGUUA